CCCUAAAACCAACUCACUUCCCUAAUUUUUCUCUUUCUGCUCAUUACUUGUUCUUUCUUAUGCUUCUUAGACUAAGUUUUCAAAUUGGUUUUGCUUUCUAAUCAAUAUUUAAUUUGUUGGAUUAGAAAGAGAUGGAAAAUGGUAGAGGGAGUAGCAGUAGUGACAGUGGGAGGAGUUGCCAUAGAGGGCACUGGAGGCCAGCUGAAGAUGACAAACUCCGGCAACUUGUCGAUCAAUACGGUCCGCAAAACUGGAAUUUCAUUGCCGAGCAUCUUCAAGGAAGAUCCGGAAAAAGUUGCAGAUUGAGAUGGUACAACCAACUUGAUCCCAACAUAAACAAAAAGCCUUUUACUGAAGAAGAAGAAGAAAGGCUCCUGAAAGCUCAUGAGAUUCAAGGGAAUCGAUGGGCUUCAAUUGCUAGACUUUUUCCUGGCAGAACAGACAACGCUGUCAAGAAUCAUUACCAUGUCGUUAUGGCGAGGAGAAAGCGCGAACGCUUGUCGUUGAUCUAUGGUGGUAAGAGAAGCUUACAGCUUCAUCAUCAUCAUCCCACUCCAUCCAACAAAUUUAACCAUCUCUAUGCUCAUUCUAAACUAGGGUUUCAAAGCAAUGCAAUAGUACUGAAAGGUAACUUAAGUUUGCCCAUGUCAUCGACUUCUUCUUCGCCUCGUUGGACCAUUAAUAGUGCUUCAACCAUCACCAAUGAUUCAGUGAGAAAGGAUUAUAUGAAUUCUUCAAUGUCUUCAUCAUACAGUACUAAAUAUGGUGCCUACCAAAAUGUAUUUGGACCUCAGAUCCCUAAUUCUGAUAACAAAGGAGUGAAUACCAAGUUAGUUGAUGAUUCAAUGACACUGAGGGAUUUGCCUGUGACUUCUCAACAAGAGAAAAGAGAUGGAACUAUCAAGCAAACCGACGUUUCGUUCAUAGAUUUUCUUGGUGUGGGAGUCUCAUAAUUUAUUCUUAAAUUAUUUAGACAUUUGAAGGUGAAUUCAAGUAUUUUCUUCAAUUUUAAACUAGUUAUGUUUUGUUGCUUUGAGAGGUUAAUUUUGU